AUGUCUUUCAAAUAUAAUGAAAAAGAUUUUGAGAGACAUUUUGAAGAAGAUUUUAAUAAAUAUUUAGAGAGAAGUUAUGAAAAAAACUCUAAAAAUGAUUUUGAAAAACAAUUUAAAAAACAAUAUUAUAAAAAUUUUGAGAAAUACUUUGAGAAAGAUUUUGAGAA